AUGACGCUCUCCACAUACGGCAUUAGCUGCCAGACUCCUCAUGAAGUGGAGCCUAUUCAGAUCUGGCCCAGCUGGAGAAUGGUUAAGCUAUUCGAAUGUCUUGGGAGAGAUGAGAAGCUAGGACUCAGUGGAAGACCACCUCGACCGUUUGGGCCGUUGAGUACUUCCAAGGUAUUCCGCGUUUUUGGAGACACGGUGAUGUGCUAUCCGCUUCUGUUCGAGGUUAAAGACUUUUACGUAAACUCUGAUCCGGCUGUUUUGAUCGAUGAUAUCAAGCGAGACAUCGAAUUUGUUGCAAGGCGAUGGAAACUGACUGGGCGGCCGACUAUGUGCCUUCUCCUACGUGAGGAAAACAUUGUGGGAGAGUAUUUCGAUCACAUUCUGGAUCUUCUCGUGCAACUGAAAACCGGUUAUGUUAACGGCAUUCGAGUUCGAGUGGGCAGAGUUCAUGUGAGUAUUCUUGUCUUAUUCUGA